AUGGCUACAACAGCUCAGUAUAUUCCUCGGAAUAACUCUCUGCCUUCCAACCCGCUCAUGCAUCCGGACUCGGAUAGGAUGCACCAGGGCACGACCUACCGAGAGGUGCAGAAAAUGAUGCACCACGAGUAUUUGCAAGGACUCGCGGCCACCAACACGGGACAUCCGAUGACUCUCACGCACCACCAGUGGCUGCCCACGUCCAACACCGACUGGACCAGCGGAACACACAUCGGACAACCGGAGCACAAACAAUCCGCUGUGCAGGCCACCCGAGAGGACCUGAGCAGCGGCUUUCACCACAGGUCGCACCUGGUUCACCAGCAGACGCAGAGCGGCCACCACGGGUCCUGGGCACCGGCCACGACUCACCACUUGUCCCCGCUGUCUCCCGCAUCCAACGGCCACCAGUCGCUGGUCUACUCCCAGCCGGGCUACACGAAUCUCAACGCCAUGCUGAGUCCGCAGCCGUCCGCGCUCCACCACAGCAUGCGGGACUCGCUGCACGAAGACGCGGGUAGCCAUGACAACCAGAUGGAGUCGCCACAGCAGCCGUUCAGCCACCACCAGGACCACUCGGACGAAGACGCGCCCAGCUCCGACGACCUGGAGCAGUUCGCGAAGCAGUUCAAGCAGAGGCGGAUCAAACUCGGCUUCACGCAGGCGGACGUGGGCUUGGCUCUGGGCACCCUCUACGGCAACGUGUUUUCCCAGACCACCAUCUGCAGGUUCGAGGCGCUGCAGCUGAGUUUCAAGAAUAUGUGCAAACUUAAGCCCCUGUUGAACAAGUGGCUGGAGGAGACAGACUCCAACACCGGCAGCCCGACCAACUUGGACAAGAUCGCCGCGCAGGGCAGGAAACGAAAGAAGAGAACCUCUAUCGAGGUGGGAGUGAAAGGGGCCCUGGAGAACCACUUCUUGAAAUGUCCCAAACCGUCCGCGCACGAGAUCACCAGUUUAGCGGGAACCCUUCAGUUGGAAAAAGAAGUGGUCCGCGUUUGGUUUUGCAACAGACGACAGAAGGAGAAACGAAUGACUCCCAUCGGUGUUCCUCACCCGAGCAUGGAGGAUGUAUAUUCACAAGCGGAGACGCCUCCGCUACACCACACGCUCCAGAGUCCGGUCCAGUGACUGCUUUCAUGAACUAGUCUAUUAUUUAACAAAAAAAGAAAAGAAAAGGGGAGAACAUAAUGAAUGGACUAUGGAAUUUACAGUAUUUUCUUUUGUUUUUGUUUUCCUUAGGCAAGAGCGAGCGAACGAGAGAGAGACUGAGAGAGAGAAAGAGAUUGACUGGCAAGGUGUCGUCGGAGAGUGUGAUACGAUACGUGUAGAUGUGCUGGAAAUGGGUUUAAAAAUGCAUUGAUAAUAACUGAUUUAAAAAAAAAGAAAGAAAAAAAAUACACAUCACGUGAGUUUUAAGUGAGACAAAGAUUUUUAUUUACCAAAAUUCUAUGGAGGAAAAACAAACGAAAAAAAAUGUUAUAGUCAAUUCCACCUUUUUAUUCAAAAGGAUGCGAAUAUCUUGAGCGGGGCAAUUUUUUUCUUGCUAUGUCUUUAAAAAAUCUGGUAGAUCGCACUUCAGUCUCGGUAUUUGCCUAAAGAAAAUAUCAAUAAUGAGGCACAUGCUCUGUGCGGAGUGUCGUUUUUAUAUUCUUAAAGUCGUUAAUCAGAUUCAUUAUUAUUUCUUUAAUAUAUUGAUUGUGAUGUUUGCUUAUUUUCGACAAAUUUAACCCACCGUCUUUCCUGUUCUGCAAACUAAACGUAUGCCAUUUAAUUUGUUUUUUUGCUUUAUAUUAAUUAUGUAAUAUCACAGAUCAAAACACUAGCCUACCUUUGCCUUCGCGGUGACCCCACGAGUUGGGAAUAACAUGACGGAAAUAAUAUCUGCUCAAUCCUCACAGUUUUCAUUUCAGCAAAGUGAAAAUGUUCAAAGAAUAUCACGGCCUUUUGGAAACCAAACAGAGAUCAAAAGCUUUGCAUUUAACAAUGUCGACAGGUGCAAAUAGAAGCGAGAACUAAAUAGAACAAUAAACGGACUACUCAGUUUGAAACUUGUAUAAUUUUGUCGGUUUUUGUUUUGCUUUUCUUUUUUUUUCUUUUUUUUUGCAUGGAGCACUUAUUCUUUAACGUUAUUGUAUUGUUACAAUUAUGAUUCUAUUUGUUCAUACAAUUGUGAAAGUAACUUCUCAUUUGUGUAAAAUAGCUAUUCUCAUGUUUACAGUUUCGAGAAGUAUUUGACGCUGUCGAUCUAAAUCGCUGUCAGGCCAUUCCAACCAAACCUUUAAACAUGAUUGGUGAAACACGAAACGGAAGCGGAAAGAAAAAUCUCAGGUAACUUAAAUGCCCAGGUCGAAGUCUUACUGUUACUCUUUUUUUAAUACCUCCCUUUUAAAUUUCUUUUCAGCAAGUAGGCACUCCCGGUUAUCUUAUUUUACUGUACCAUUGUAUCAUACCCAGUAUAUCCCGAGGAAACGGGGGAAAUACUAUAACUAAAUGUAAUGAAGGGACCUGUUUAAGAUAUAUUUAUUGUUUUUCUCAGAACAAAAGCAAGGUAAAAGGAUAAACUCGUACAUUGUGUGUGUUCUUGUUCAUGGUCUGGCAGAUUCGAAUGGACAGCGCGUGCAGGUAAAUUCUGCAAAAGGCUACUCAAUACAACGCGGAAAUACUACUUUCUACAAAACAGAUUUUAAAAGAUAAAGUUGCCAGGAUUAUUCCCAAUAUGUAAAUAUGUCGAAUAUGUAAACAUAUGUAUUUGUUUUGAGUUUAUUGUUUUGUUUUUGUUUCUUUCCGGGCAGUUUUGUACACUUACUAAUUCCAAGAAGAUAUUUUAAUAUGAUUUCGUUUAUGAAUUUGACCAUUUAUAUAUAAAUAUAUAUAUAUUUAUUUCCUAAAUGUGUUUGGAGCUUUUUUGUUUAGCUCUUUUAAUGAUUAUGUUGCAGUGGAUAAGAAAUGUUUUGUUUACUACAUUGGUUGUUUGUUGAUUGCAAAAUGUAGACUGCAAAGUCACAUUUAUAUUUAUGUUAUAGUAAUAUUUUAUUACUUACAUAAAACGUAUAUACAAGAAAAGGUCUUCUGUCUUUUUUAGUACCAAACUCACUCAUCUUCUUUGGUUGUUUAAUUAUUGUGAAACCGCAAAAAAAAAAUGUAUGUGUUGCAAAAAUUCAAAGCACUCAGAUUCUGACCGUGUGUUGUUCUUUGGAGUUUUCUGAUUUACCCCCUUAUAAAAUGUCAGAAACGGAAAUGUGUUCAGUUAAAACUGGUAAGCCGUCAUGUAAAUUAAAUUAAGCUUUUUUUGUUUUUUUAACCUAACGAUGUGUUGAUGUUCUGCUUAAAAGCUUAGCACAGACAUACCACAUCAAGUUCACACAACCCCAACAGUUGUUCACUUCCGUGUGUAAUCGCAGUAUUAAAUUGUGCAAUAUUAAUACGAAAA